GUAUUGUUACUUUUUUAUUAUUUUUUUCGUACAGGUAAAUCAGAAAUAUUACCUAAUACACGAACGAAAGAAAAAUCGUUCAGGACACAAAGGCACGCUCUCUCUAAUCAUGAAAAGCUUUACUCCCGCCGGCGCUAGUGUUGGUAAACAAACCCCGCCGUGUGUUGACAAGCGGCCCAACACUCAGGCUAAACACCAACGACUGCAGGUAACAGACCACCAUGACCUAAUAGAUCAGGAAGAACAUCAUCACCGCCAUACACGCACAUAGACAAACGCUGCACUUCACCUGUGCCUCAACAUUCCAGGAGGAGACGCUGCUUGCACACUCGCCUCUACACUGAAGCGCUUUAUUUUCGUUUCAUCCAAAGGGACCUCUCCAUACAAACAGAAGGACACUAUAUCAAGCUUUUAAAAAACAAGAUGCCAGGCAACAAAGAAGAGUGAAUUUUUUAACACCUGAGUCAUCAAUAUACCAAAUUGUGAUCUGUCUGCUCGGCUGUCGCUGUGAUGUCUGUGUCGUCGCCAAGUGUGUUCCUGCUCAGUGUGUCAGGGCAGGUGGAGGCCGGCCGCUUCAUGGGGGGAGACAACCUCCACUUCAACUACUGCUUCACUGCCGGCCAGGACUGGGAGGUGGUGUCAGGACUGGAGGAAUGUGUGUCACAGACAGCUUGUUGUAGCGAUGAUGAGAGGCAGUUGUUUGUGUGGAAUUUUCCAAUAGACAUUACGUACAAGUCAACAAAUCCUUUUGGCUGGCCACAGAUCAUCCUGAGUGUGUAUGGAACAGACUUCUUUGGCAACAUUGUUAUUGUGGGAUAUGCUGCUUGUCAUGUGCCCCUCACUCCUGGCACACACACCCGCAGGCUUAAAACCUUUGUGCCAGAGUCAGCAUCCACCAUUCAGAAGCUCAUGUCGUGGCUUACCGGCCGAAGACCUGAAUUCCUAAACCCUAAAAUCAUUGCCCAAGGCCGUGGACGGGAAGUGACGCGUGUGAGAUCACAUGGAGAAAUCACCAUUACUUUUAAUGUGAUGAUGAAAGAUUUUGCCAAGCUUGGAUAUGACUGUGGUGCCCCCUCCAAGGUACCCUACCUGGGUGCCCCUCCCCCACCCCAAACUGUUACUGUGCCAAGGGAAGGUCAGAGUGAUGCUUAGCUCACCACCAGGAUGUAUGUGAUCCAGUGUGUCCAUGGCUGUUGCUGCCAGGGACAGAAAUAUCUGUGCAAUGUAGAGGACAUCAUAACCCUAGUCCACAUGUUACACAACUUGGUGUCCAGUAUGAGAGGUUUCCUGACAGCAGAAAGCUUAAGCCAAAUAUAGAAUACACUUAUCUAGUCAUAAUGGUGUUCACGAAGUCAUGGUUUUGUGACAACCCAUCUUAUACACUAAGCUUGCACAGAAUCUGUUUGCUUUUAUAAAAGUGGUGCAAAAUAUGACACCUUAUUUCUGAUGUUAACAACAGCACAAGAAGCUAGUGUUUAGUUGUGAUGACUUUAGUUGUAAUGAUAUAUAACUACUUGAAUCCAAAAUACCUUCCAGUUGCUUACAGUACAAGUACUGUAGCUUAAGUAGAGCAAUGAUCAGUGAUCAGAGUGAAACACCUCAUAGACUCUCUCCACACACACACACACACACACAUCCUAAUAUGGGUCAGUUUGCUAGUGCCAUUAAUUAAUGAUCACUUGGAUCUGCCUUAUGAGUCUUGAGCUGCCUUAUGAGCCUUAACUGUAUUUAUCAGUUUUACAUAAAAAGAAUCUCUAAGACUUGGAACCACAAAAUGUGUCUCUAGGUUUCCUGUUUGUUAUGAAAGAUGAGGACAGAGGGCUUGGAUCCCUUCCCUCAGCAGAUGUUCUUCCCAAUAAGUAAGAAAAAGAGUAGAUUGUCUGUCAUGUGCAAGGAUCAAACUCAAACCUUUAAGUUCUUUCUUGAGUCUUGAGCUGCAUGACAGCUGUGCCUGGCCCUCUAUCUUCCUUUGAGACCAACAGUGAAGCCUUCCACCUUGAUAAUGUUGUGGCCUUUACAUGAUCUGUUACUACACAUGCAUGAAUGAAACUAUUGAUUACCAAUGUGAAAUGCCUCUCAUGGAUGAUGAAUUAUUUAUAGUCUACAUACUUUAGUACAAACAAAAUAUACCUAUGUGUUCAUCUUAUAUUUUUUAAAUAAUGUCUGGAGAAUUUUUUCAUGUAUGAAUCUAGUCAUAUAUUUCCAUUUUUUAUAUGUUAAUGUGAAAUAAAAAAAAAAUGCAUUAAAUAAU